AGGGAACAUCAGGAAGAAAGAGCAAUGGGGUUGGCAUUCACCAAACUCUUCAGUAGGCUUUUUGCCAAGAAAGAUAUGCGUAUUCUGAUGGUUGGUCUUGAUGCAGCUGAUAAGAUAACCAUAUUGUACAAGCUCAAGCUGGGAGAGAUUGUGACUACCAUCCCUACCAUUGGUUUCAAUGUGGAGACUAUUGAAUACAAGAACAUCAGCUUCACAGUGUGGGAUGUUGGUGGCCAGGACAAGAUUCGUCCAUUGUGGAUGUGGGAUGUUGGUGGCCAGGACAAGAUUCGUCCAUUGUGGAUGCACGAUUUUCAGAACGCGCAAGGUCUCAUCUUUGUUGUUGAUAGCAAUGAUAGAGAUCGUAUUGUGGAGGUAAGAUAUAAAUUGCACAGGAUGUUGAAUGAAGAUGAUGAGAUGAUGAGCUCCGUGAUGCUGGUAUUUGCUAACAAACAAGAUCUUCCAAAUGCAAUGAAUGAUUCUGGAAUGCGCGCACGACCAUACGUAAGUGCUGCAUGGGCCGUCAAACACGAAGUAGGGACUUGA